ACUCGGGGACCGGGAACCGUGGCUGUGGCUCCUGGAGGGGACCAGCACAUGGAGUAUGUGAGGGGGGGCACCCUAGAGGGGAACGGACGCCGGGAGAGGUCGCCGCCGGGUGCCGCCUGGGAGCUGGCGCUCCAGUCGACUCAGCGCCGGGCAGGAGAGCCCAUUACGUGACUCUGUCCUGCCAGCCCAGCUCCCAGCCCUCGUACUGAGCGAAGCUGGACGGUGAGAGCGGCUGCCGGUCUGCUGUUGAACUUUGUCUCCUCUGGAACGUGGAUCUUGGAGCCCUCCAGGCAGCUGCUUGCACUGAAAAAUGCUGGAGGCUGGGUGCGGCCCCAGGCCCAGGAACCUGUUCUUCCUGUUUCCUGCCUCAGUCCCAGCAGCUGGUCCAGGCCUGAGCAUUUAUGAGUGAAGAACUGGAGCAGACGUUGAGCAUCCUCACUGCACGGAGAGCAGGAGCUGAUCGGGUCCAGGGCAAUGGCAACAGACCUGGACCCCUGGAACAGCACCAUUAAUGGUACCUGGGAGGGAGAUGAACUGGGCUACAAGUGCCGCUUCAACGAGGACUUCAAGUACGUGCUGCUGCCGGUGUCGUACGGCGUGGUGUGCGUGCUUGGGUUGUGCCUGAACGUCGUGGCUCUGUACAUCUUCCUGUGCCGCCUCAAGACCUGGAACGCCUCCACCACCUACAUGUUUCACCUGGCGGUUUCUGACUCUCUCUACGCAGCCUCCUUGCCACUGCUGGUUUAUUACUACGCCCGGGGUGACCACUGGCCAUUCAGCACCGUGCUCUGCAAGCUGGUGCGAUUCCUCUUCUACACCAACCUCUACUGCAGCAUCCUCUUCCUCACCUGCAUCAGUGUGCACCGGUGCCUGGGUGUCUUGCGUCCUCUGCACUCCCUGCGCUGGGGCCGGGCCCGCUAUGCGCGCCGAGUGGCUGCGGUGGUGUGGGUGCUGGUGCUGGCCUGCCAGGCACCCGUGCUGUACUUCGUCACCACCAGUGUGCGGGGCACCCGCAUCACCUGUCACGACACCUCAGCUCGAGAGCUCUUCAGUCAUUUUGUGGCCUACAGCUCAGUCAUGCUGAGUCUGCUCUUUGCGGUGCCCUUUGCAGUCAUCCUGGUGUGUUACGUGCUCAUGGCCCGGAGGCUGCUCAAACCCGCUUACGGGACCACGGGAGGCCUGCCUCGGGCCAAGCGCAAGUCUGUACGAACCAUCGCCCUGGUGCUGGCCGUCUUUACCCUCUGCUUCCUGCCCUUCCACGUCACCCGCACCCUCUACUACUCCUUUCGAUCUCUUGACCUCAGUUGCCACACCCUCAACGCCAUCAACAUGGCGUACAAGAUCACCAGGCCACUGGCCAGCGCCAACAGUUGUCUUGAUCCUGUGCUCUACUUCCUGGCAGGGCAGAGACUCGUCCGGUUUGCCCGAGACGCCAAGCCACCCACAGAGCCCAGCCCCAGGCCCCAGGCUCAUCGCAGGCUGGGCCUGCACAGGUCUCACAGGACUGACACUGUGAGGAAAGAUGUGUCGGUCAGCAGUGAUGACUCCAGACGGACAGAGUCCACACCAGCUGGGAACGACACUAAGGACAUUCGACUAUAGGUCAGAGCCCCUCAGGCAUGUGCUAGUUCAUGUGGGGAAGCUGUAGGGGACCAAGGCCUGUUCAAAUGGGCCGAUGUCCUCAGAUGGGGAUCAUCAACAAUUCUCUCCCUGUGGUCCCAAAGUCCCCAGUCAUUUGUAAGUGAGCUGGGAAAUCCUAGUUUAAGAAAGGCAGUAGUACCUGACUCCCAUGCAGGCAGCUGCAGUUUCUGCCAAGGUUGGGGUUCGGUUCAGGCAGGCUGAGGUUCAGCCUCCUAAGUCCAAGGGAGAAUGGAGCCCCGAGAAGAGCAGCAGAGUCUGGACCAGGAGUGGGAUCACAGGCGACUAGAGGACCCUGUGGGUAAGCAGGGCUGAGUUCCCACAGUGGCCUGGGAUGGAACUGGGCCUUACAGUGGACUCGGCUCAGAGGAAGACCCUCAGGCCAAAAGACAAACAUCUGAGAACUGAUGUCAGAUCCAUCUGGAGGCUCCCCUGGGCUGGAAGUCAGGUGGAAACCGUAAUUUAUAUCAAAGGCUGUGCCGCUGCAGGCCAGAGCACAGGGCCUGACCUACACAGAGGCCUGUUAUCUCUGCCAGCCACUUGCCUUCCGACCACUGCCUCCCAGGAGUCUCGUGUCAGGGGUCCCUCUUCAGACCCCCAGGUCAACCCUGCUUUUAAGUCACUUGUCUUCCAUAUUGCAUUAUUCCAAGCAUGGAGAAGAGUCAAGUAGGGUUCUAGUUCUUGGGGUUCCCCAGUUCACACAACUUCACAUGUGUUGGUGAGUGUCAAACCAUUUAACUGAACUGGGAGGGGGCACCGUUACAGCAAAAGGGACUGCCACUUGUUGUGGGACAAAUAACCCCACAAAUUUCUAUUUCAAGUUACCAAUACAAUGGCAGCCUCUUUGCAAAAUUCCUGAAAGUUAACGACUGGUUCUUUUUCGUGGGGAGGCACUGUUGCUGGUCAGACAGGAUCUCAGGUAACCAAAUGUGGCCUGGGAUUUGCCAUGUAGUUGAAGCUGACCUCAAAUUCCUUACCUUCUUGUCUCCAUCUCCAACAACUGGUGCAGGACACCACACUGUGUAACUGGGACUGUGUGACCCCUGGUCAGGGAGGGUUCCCUAGAAGUCAAGAAAGUGGAUGGGGAUAGCUCUGAGCUUGAGGCAGGAAUAGGCACAUGUGACAGCCCUCACUCGACCUCAAGGACAAGGAGGUCCCUGUGAGGACUGCCUCCCCUUGCCACCUUGUCUACCUCCUACAACUCUAUUCUCUCCUCCCUGACAUUAAAGGUGAGGCAUCCCCA